AUGGAAACAAUUAGCAACAUCGCGAACGCGGCCACUAAGGCCAUCUGGGGCGAGGGCCAAACCAGUCAGUCCGGCGAAGAGCCAGUCUCGGGCAAGCUGGGCAAUGUGGAGGCCGGUGAGCCCUAUGAUGCGGGCAACAUCGGUGAAACCAGCAAGGAGACCGACGCUUUGUCAACCGAAAAGAAGGAUACCGAGAGAUUAGUGCCCGGCACAAAAGAGAGCACGUCUGAUCCUGCCAGCGGCGCCGACGCGACCAAGACGACAGAAACGUCCCUCCCGCUGCCUAUGCCCAAGCCCGAGCCCGAAGCCGCCACCGAGAAGCUGGGUAACGAACGUAACGAAAGACGAGUCCCCGGAACAAAAGAGAGCGCCUCUGACCCUGCCAGCGGGGCCGACACGACCACAGAGACAGGCACGUCCUCCCCGCUGGCCAUGCCCAAGCCAGAGCCCGAGGCCGCCACCAAGGAGCACUUUGCCGGAACAAAAGACCAGGAAUCGCCCGCCACCACCGCAACCAGCUCAGCGGGCCCCGCCAAGUUCGCUCCUUCCGCGAUGGCGAUGCGCGAAGACUCGACCACAGCCCAGAACGACACUCGCCCGCCGCCUGUCUCUUCGGAGGACAAGUCUGCCACCCAGGCAAUGGAAGGGAAGAAGCAGAGCCUGACACAAUCCUAUGAGGAGCCCAAGGGCGCAGCCAUCAACGUCGAAGGGCCCGGCCCGCGGCCGCUAGCAGAAGUUGCGAGGGAGCACGGCGGCGACGCCGGGGCCGCUGCCAAGCCCGCGUCCGCCAAGUCCGAGCAGUCCGGCACCGUUCCCGGGACCCACCUGCCCGAGAUUGAGCGGGACCAGCAGCAGCGGAGGAGGGACAGCGGCAAGGGCUUAGGCGAAGCUCAGGAGGGUGGUGCUGGGAUGGGAGGAGAACAUGGCGGUGAAAAGAUGGGCGGUGGCACGGGGGAGCAUUAUGUCAAGUCUAGUGGGCUGGCGGCGGAAGGCGGCGAUUUUGAUGCGUCGAAACCUGGCGCGGGGAGGGAGGCUGAUCGCCUGCUCGAGCAAAAGGGAGUGCACAGGGAAGUUAAGAAAGGCCAUGGUGAUGGGCAUGGUACUGACACCGAGGCUGGUGGCAAGGAAAAGGUCCACCUGAAGGACAAGAUCAAGGCGAAGCUGCAUAUGAAUCACUCGUCGUCGUAAAGCUUUAAGAGGUGGAAAGGACAGAAUGCAUGGCAACAGAAGAUUGGAGCAGACAGAUUAGGAAAGUCUUGGCAUUGCUGUAAGUGGGACACAUGGUGAGAGAGGGCUGCAACAAUGACGAGUCUGUUAGGGUACUCAAGGACUAGGACUAUUCAAUGCGCACAUGAUUUUUCC